CUCCCAGUCUUACAUUCGAAUUCGUCAUACGUCAUACGCGAGACUCCGUACAAUAAGACGCAUUACACAGUAGACUGUCGAACAGCUUCCUGCUCGUGAAAUCAGAAUUCUUGCUCGCACACAGACAAGAUGGUGGAAAGCGAUAACCAGACAACGUGGAAAUUCACGCAGUACGUACCAUUUCGUGCGCUCCGCCAGCUGCUGGACCCGAAACGGCCGUAUCGUUGGUCUUUUGUUAUAAAAUGCUUUAUUGUCCACUGACUUCCUUGUCUAGAUGCUUUGGUGAUAAAGGUGACGUAGAGGAUAUCACAGAGGCCGACAUCAUAUCAACAGUCGAAUUUGACCAAACGGGCAACUAUUUGGCCACUGGUGACAAGGGUGGCCGUGUUGUGCUGUUUGAGCGCAAUGAAUCAAAAAAAACUUGCGAAUACAAAUUUCACACAGAGUUUCAAUCACACGAACCAGAAUUCGAUUACCUGAAAUCGCUCGAGAUAGAAGAGAAGAUCAACAAGAUUAAGUGGUGUCGCAGGCAGAACGCAUCUCACUACCUCCUAUCAACAAAUGACAAGACUAUAAAGUUGUGGAAAGUAUUUGAGAAGUCUCUAAAGGUUGUGGCUGAGAACAAUCUCUCUCAUGAGUUAACUCCGGGAGGGGUUCCAGGAGCUGGGGGUCCCGUAAAAAACCCAGGAACAUACUUUCGCAAUGCGUCAGAUCUCAAGCUCCCAAGAUUAACACAUCAUGACACCGUUGUUGCGGCGGUACCGCGGAAGACGUAUGCGAAUGCUCACGCAUAUCACAUUAACAGCAUUUCGGUGAACAGCGAUGGAGAGACUUUCAUUAGCAGCGACGAUCUGCGUAUCAACUUAUGGAACCUGAACAUUCAAGACCAGAGUUUUAACAUUGUUGAUAUCAAACCAGCGAAUAUGGAGGAGCUGACAGAAGUCAUUACUGCUGCGGAGUUCCACCCUCAAAGCUGCAAUUGGUUCAUGUAUGCGAGUUCGAAAGGAACCAUCAAGCUCGCUGACAUGCGAGAGAGCGCAUUAUGUGACCAACAUGCCAAGCAGUUCGAGCAAGAAGAGGAUCCAUCAUCGCGAUCUUUCUUCUCGGAGAUUAUAUCCUCAAUUUCCGACGUUCGAUUUUCACAUGAUGGUCGAUACAUCCUCUCCAGGGACUACCUUACUGUUAAGAUCUGGGACGUGAACAUGGAACGCACCCCUGUCAAGACGAUCCCAAUUCACGAACACUUGAGGCCACGUCUCUGCGACACGUAUGAGAACGAUAGCAUUUUCGACAAAUUUGAAGUUGUUUUCUCAGGUGAUGCCAAAAACGUUAUGACUGGCAGCUACAACAACAACUUCAUGAUUUACCCUUCGGACCCUGACAAGGACACAGAGGUUGUUCUACAAGCCGACAAGUCUGCAUUCAAGGCGAAGAAAGUCGGUAUUCCAACACCUAUGAAUUCAUCAACAAGCCCAACGACAGGCAACAAGAAGAAUAGCUCUCGGGCAAACAGUCCGGCCGCUGGUGCCGUUGGCCAGGGACAGAGGAUGCGAAAAGAAACCGACGCUGAUCAGAUCGAUUUCAACAAGAAGAUUCUGCACAUGAGCUGGCACCCGUUCGAAGACAGCAUAGCCAUCGCCGCGACCAACAACCUCUUCGUCUUUUCGGCGCUAUGAACGAUGGACACAAUCCCAGGCGAGAUCGUUUAGUACCAGAACCACAGGCCAAUGAAGAAAGCCGCGCCUCUUCAUGUGUGCCCAGGUCUACCGUCAUUGGGUUGCCGGACAUAACGAGUAAACGAAAGCGACAAAAGUUGGAGGUCUGACUGAGAUCGGGGGGAUGUAUCAUGUGGCAGAAUAGAUAGACUGUUAGGCUUGCAUGAUUUGCAAGCUCACUUAGAUCGGACCUCUGCGUCGAAUGGAACGUAAAAUUACUACAAAGGUGUCAUGCAAAUAAAGCAUUAUCAAGCCUUUUUUAUCCUUGUGGAGAAUUAGGAAUAAAG